AUGAACACAAUCAAAUCCACCUGGAUCGGAUGGGGUACUCUGUGCGUCGCCGGCGGCGGCGCCUACUACUUCGCGAAGAAAUCCAUCAACGCGGACCGCCAAACCCGAUUCGAGACGGAGAUGAAACGCAAAGCGCAGCUGGCUGCGAUGGAAGCGGAACACCGCCGCCAGUCCGCCGUGUCGUUGACCACGCCGACCCCGACCCCCGUGCCCUCCGACGACCCGAGCCACAAGCGCGCCGCCCAGCUGGCCCGGUCGCAGCAGAACGCCGCCGACGACGUCGCCUCGCCCAGCGCCGAGGCGAGCCACGAUCCGGCCGCGACGCGCCACGAGCCCGAGACCGAGGCCGACCGCGUGCUGGAGAAGGGGAAGUACGAGGCCGCGCAGCCGUUUCGGCCGCCGAAGGGGAAUCGGCUUUAGGGGGGUAGAUGGGAACAAAAACAACGAGGUAUAGAGAGGGGGUGGGUUUUGGUCUGAGAAGAAGGAAGGGAAUCGCGAAAAGUGCCGGUGACAUCUUUCGUGUGUGCUACUGUACCAUAAUGUUUCCCUUACUAAAUGUAUAGGUUUCUGC